UCAGUUGGAGCACCUGCCAACGGCCGAGCGUUAAUUAGAGCUACUUGGGCACCGAGAGGACCGUCGUCUUCGACAAUGUUUCCCUCUUUCGGACUUUUUUCCGACAUAAACUGUCCCUUGGCACAGCGUGGACAGUGCAAGCGGCCUCACUGUUUGUACAAGCACGCCGCAGAAGCGCGGUAUGCGUUUGGUGCGUCGUCGACGUUGGUUUUCGCAGGGGUCCGGAAUGGCUGUUUAUUUACUGCCUGUGGAGCCCCAGUGAAUGAUGAGACUGGAGACUGCCUCCAUGAGCUGGAGCAGAUCAACAAAGAAAUUGAGACUGUAAGACAUGAGGUAGAGCAGGAGCAAAGGCGACUGUCACACUACCAGACUGUACAGGCAGAUGGCAGAAACAGUGCAUCCAUUUACAAGUAUGAGACUGCAGGUAAAAAUGUAGACAGAGGUCUUAAUGGACUGCUUUCAUGCUCAGGCUUUACUAAAACGCAUGCCAAAGCAAGGAAGUAUGUGGUUGAUAACUCAAAACCUAGAACAGAUUUGGAGUAUGACCCCCUGUCCAACUUCUCUGCUGACUUGGGGACUUGCAGCUCUUCCGGCAAGGAUCAGAAAAGCCAGCAAGGUUUGAAAAAAGCAAGAAUUUCUGUAUCUUGUGACCGAAAGGAGCCAGCCAAAUUUCAGGUUCUGCUCUCUAGAUCACAAUCAACAGAGCUACAUGAUGACUCUAAUGAAGACAGUGUCCUGAUUAUUGAUGUUCCCCCAUCACCUGACGAAAAGAGAGGUCAGACUCAGAAACCUAUUGUUUCUGUAGCUGGCAGAUUCUCCCAGGAUGCAGUAGGGGAAGUGAUGGAGGCUGAAACAGUACCUAUUUUAUCUGAUACUUCUCUAAAGGUCACAUCUCCAUCUACUUCAAGAGUUGAUACAAAUAAAGUUCAGAAUUAUUGUGAUGUUAAGAACAGUCAAGAUCUACCAACUUGUAUUGAUAACGAAGGACUUGAAAAAACACCAAUUGAUGGAAAUGUAGUUGACUUAUCUGGAUGUUUAAAAGCCCUUAAUAAUGAAUGUCAAAAGAUUAUUGGGUUUCAGUCUACUGAAACUCUAGUGGAGAAAAUCCACGACCCUGUAAGUCUUCUUGCCACCUCAGACAAGCAAAAUCACAGUUGGAACAAUCCUUGGUGUGAGCUGCCCAAUAAUGUUGAGAAAAUUAAUCAACUGCAGCCACCAAAGAACUCCUUGUUUUAUAAAGCUCCAGCUGAUAACUCAUCACAAACCCAACACUCCAAGCAAGCCCAGACAACAAAGCAGCAAGCUCUGACCAGGGUUCAUAACCAAUGGCCUCCUGAGCAAUCAUCGGUGGUCAUGUCAGGAAAGAUGCAGGGGAAAGCUGCUACUGCCAGUGUGGUAUCUGUUGGAUAUGAGGAGCAAGCAGAAUCACCUUCAGGCAGCAAUACACAUGUGACUAACAGAGCUGGGUCUUCAUAUGAAACUACUGAGCAGCUUUUGGUGAAGGCGGAUUGUGAGGAGAUUAUAAUAAUCAGCUCUGAUGAUGAGGCAGAUGAGCUCAACUAUUCAGAAAUGGAGCUUUCAGACAGUGACCCAAUGGAGGAAUGCUACAGGAUCUUCAUGGAGGCAAACAAUGAGGAAAAAGGAAACGAAGCUCAGCCUGACAUACCUAUUGGAGCUAUGGAUGUGGUGAAGCCGGAGGUAAACACCCCACCUCAAACAUUAAGAGGAAAAAAGAGAGUAGCUCAUGAAGCCAAACCUACAGAGCAGCCGGUGGCUAAGAGUAGACCUCAGCCACAGGUUUUGGUUCCUCUCCGUGGGCCAGCAGCUUCAGGAUUUGGCUCCCGGCCCUCUAUCACUUCCAAGCUCCAGCAGGUACAGCAGAGAGCCUCCAUGCUGUCUGCUUCAGUCAAAGGCGGUCAGGCUUUUGUUUCCUCCACAUGUCAAAAUAAGCCAGAAACCCAGAGUGCACCUUCUGCUUUGACUCAAACCCCUGGGAACCUGCAGCCUGCCCUUAUCCAAAAUGCUUAUUUGAACUACAUACCUGUGGGAACUGCUGUUGAAGUGGGCGACAACUUGCACCUGAUCCUCCCAGAGGGUGCCUUCCCUCUGCCUGUUGCUUCCAGUUCCAGCCCAGUUACUACAGUGCUUACUCCAAUCAGCCAAAUGCAUCAGAGCGCUUUCACAGUUAAACAAACGUACCAUCCACCUAUAGUUACCCCUGUGCAGAGAUACUGCUCAACAGCACCUGUGCUCAUUCCUCCUCCGGUACGUAAAUCUUCACUGACCUCUGCUUUUGCAUCAACAUCUUUACAGUCAAGUCCAGCUUCCUGUACAGUUCCUCAAGCUUCCGUCCAGGCUGUGAUUAAGCCAAUAUCCACUAAACGUAAACUGAAGCAGCAGCAGUGUGAGGCCGCCAAAGAAAAAGUGCCCCAUGACGUCCGCCAGCGUUACGUCAGCCUGUUCACAGAGGAGUUCCUCAAAACAACAGGCAAUGCUAAUGAUGCCUUUGAAAAGGCCCUAUCUGAAGAGAGGACUGUGUACAAUCGUAGCAUGAACAAACUCAAAUAUCUGAGCAUUGCAGUGAAUGCACUCAAGAAGAUGAAGAACCAAAGCGCUGUUGCUGCUAAAGGUGAAAAUGAAGUCAACAGCCAAAGACUGAAAGGCAACAUACCACUUAACCUAAAGAAGUUUAAAGCAAACGCAGAUGACAUGGCAUUGUAUGAGAGUUUGAAGGAUUAUAUUUUGACUUAUGAAAAGCUGACUGAGGGCAACUAUCCUGUCCAGCAUCCAGAGAGACAUGGCUGUGCUAUUGUUUUUAUUGAGAAUAAGAGAGUGCAUGCAGAUCCCCUCAAGAGGAUCUGCUGUCGAUGUGGGGCGACAUACUCUGUGAGCCAAACAGGCAAACACAUUCGCAAGGAGGAGUGCAAUUACCAUUAUGGGAAAGCAGUUAAGAAUAGAGUGCCAGGUGGAGUGGAGACCCGCUACAGCUGCUGUGAGGGAGUCAUGGGAACCCCUGGAUGUCAGAUGUUCAAGUUGCAUGUCCAUGAUUCCCUCAGCCUGGAUGGGUUUGUGUCUACUUUGUCCAGAUGUCCCUCAGACACCGGCUGUCCUGGUAUUUACUCCUUGGACUGUGAAAAGUGUUACACCAUCCAUGGUUUGGAGCUGUCCAGAGUGACAGUGGUGAACUCUAGUCUUCAAGUGGUCUAUGACACCUUUGUCAGACCUGAUAAUGAAGUGAUUGACUACAACACCAGGUUUUCAGGCAUCAGUGAAGAAGAUGUAAAGGGUAACCACACCUCCCUCAGAGAGGUCCAAGAGACCUUGUUGAGCUUCAUCAAUGCCGACACCAUUCUCAUUGGACAUGGCCUGGAAACAGACCUCUGUUUACUUAAGUUGCUCCAUGGGACGGUGGUGGAUACAUCAGUGAUCUUCCCCCACCGUCUGGGUCCCCCUCACAAGCUGACCCUCAACAGCCUCACAGCUGAGUACCUCAGGAGGAUCAUCCAAGAGAGUGGUGGUUUGUGGCCACGACACUGCAGAAGACGCUGCUGCUUGCAUGGAGCUCAUGCUGUGGAAGGUCAAAGAAGAUGGAAAAAUGAAAAAAUGCCAGCAAUAAAACCAGUCUCCGCUGUUCAUACAUGAAAAGACAGACAUGGUUAUGCAUAUGUGAAUGUCUGUUUUUAUGAAGCUCUGUCGGUUCUGAGACAUGGAAUGCUCUUAAGUUUUUGGUUUAAUUACAUCAUUUGAUUUGUGUAAAAAUUUUAUUUGCAGCUCAUUUGUCCAUGUCUGUAGAAAUAUUUGUGAUGGCACUAUAGUGUGCUGAGAAAACCUGACGACAGUAUUAUUCAAGUAAAGGCACAGAAUUAAA